GUCGCCCAGCCCGCGCGCCCCCCGCGCCCCCCGCGCGCGCCCCGCGCCCCCCGCGCCUUCCCGCGCCCGGUCCCUAUGGAGGCGCCGCUGGCCGGCGAGGCCGCCGCCGAGCAUGCCUAGGAGGGCCGGCAGCGGGCAGCUGCCGCUACCCCGGGGCUGGGAGGAGGCCAGGGACUACGACGGCAAAGUCUUCUACAUCGACCACAACACGCGCAGGACCAGCUGGAUCGACCCUCGGGACAGGUUAACGAAACCCUUGUCGUUUGCUGACUGUGUUGGGGAUGAGCUGCCGUGGGGAUGGGAAGCCGGGUUCGACCCCCAGAUCGGGGUCUAUUACAUCGAUCACAUCAACAAAACCACGCAGAUCGAAGACCCGCGGAAACAAUGGCGGGGCGAGCAGGAGAAGAUGCUCAAGGAUUACCUGUCGGUGGCGCGGGACGCGCUCCGCACGCAGAAGGAGCUGUACCACGUGAAGGAGCAGAGGCUGGCUCUGGCCCUGGAUGAGUAUGUGCGGCUCAACGACGCCUACAAGGAGAAGUCGAGCUCGCGUACAAGCUUAUUCUCAGGCUCUUCUUCCAGUACUAAGUACGACCCUGAUAUCUUGAAGGCCGAGAUCUCCACGACACGAUUAAGGGUGAAGAAGCUGAAGCAGGAGCUGUGCCAGAUGAAGCAGGAACUGCUGUAUAAGGAGCAAGGCUUCGAGACGCUGCAGCAAAUCGACAAGAAGAUGUCUGGAGGCCAGAGUGGCUACGAGCUGAGCGAAGCGAAGGCCAUCCUGGCCGAGCUGAAGUCCAUCCGCAAGGCCAUCAGCUCAGGAGAGAAAGAGAAGCAGGACCUGAUGCAGAGCCUGGCCAAGCUGCAGGAACGCUUCCAUUCGGAACAGAGCAUCGGCCAGUCGGAGCCAGACCUGAGAUCGAGCCCCGUCAACUCCCACUUAUCCCUCUCCAGGCAGACCCUGGACGCCGGCUCGCAGACCUGCAUUUCCGGAGAUAUCGGAAUGAGAAGUAGAUCGAAUUUAGCCGAAAAGGUCAGGCUGAGUCUCCAGUAUGAGGAAGCCAAGAGGAGCAUGGCCAACCUGAAGAUCGAGCUGUCGAAGCUGGACAGUGAGGCCUGGCCGGGGGCGCUGGACGUGGAGAAGGAGAAGCUGAUGCUGCUGCACGAGAAGGAGGAGCUGCUGAAGGAGCUGCAGUUCGUCAGCCCGCAGACGCGCUCCCGGGACGAGCUGGACCAGCUGGAGGCCGAGCGGCAGCGGCUGGAGCAGGAGCUGCUGGCGGUCAGGGGCGCCCCGAGCCGAGCCCUGGCUGAGAGAUUGAAAUUGGACGAGCGGAGGAAAGAGCUGUUACAGAAACUUGAAGAAACGACUAAAUUAACUACUUAUUUGCAUUCGCAACUUAAAAGCCUCUCGGCCAGCACCUUGUCCGUGUCGUCGGGCAGCAGCCUGGGCUCCCUGGCAUCCAGCCGCGGCUCCCUCAACUCCCUCAGCUCGGGCGAGCUGUACUACGGUGGGGCGGGCGAGCAGCUGGACGGCGACUACCAGUACAAGCUGGACUUCCUGCUGCAGGACAAGGGUGGCUACGCGCCCGCGGGUCCCAUCACCACCAUCCUGGAGAACGAGGUGGUCAAGUGCCCCCCUGGACCGAGUGGGCCCGGCGGCGGGGUGACCGCCGCAGGCCCUGGCCUCCCGCCGCCGCCAUCGCUGGCCGAGGCCCCCACAUCGGUGACCUCGCUGUCCUCCCGCUCCUCCCUGUCCUCCCUGUCCCCGCCCGGCUCGCCCCUGGUCCCCGAUGGCGCCUGCCCGCUGGCCUCCCCCGACGCCGCCCUCCUCCCAUUCCCCACCGACUUCGAAGACUGUGAGUUGAGUCGCCGCUUGGCCGACCUGGGCCUGGCCGACGGCCAGCUGCUGCUGGACGCGGACGCAGGGAGCACGCCCCGGCCGCUCGUGGAGGAGAAGGAGCUGGACGGAAGGGCCGCAGAGGUGGAGAGAUCCUUGCCCAAGCGGAGGGCGGCCCACUUGCUCGGGGAGAAGGCCUCCUGCGUGUCUGCCGCCGUGUCCGACGAGUCCGUGGCCGGGGACAGCGGUGUCUACGAGGCUUUCGUGAAACAGCCAAGCGAAGUGGAAGACACCCCAUUCGGCGAGGACGACAACCCCGGCCCGGAGACGGCGCAGGUGCAGAUCGGACUCAGAUACGAUGGCAAAAGGGCGAGCUUCCUGGUGAUCAUCACGCAGCUCCGGAAUCUCCAUGCCUUCCUGGUACCUCAUACUUCCAAAGUAUAUUUUCGGGUCGCUCUCCUGCCCUCCUCCGUGGACAUCAGCUGCCUGUUUCGGACCAAGGUCCACCCGGCCACCGAGUGCAUCGCCUUCAACGACGUGUUCCGCGUGGCCAUCUCCCAGGCGGCCUUGCAGCAGAAGACGCUGCGAGUAGACCUGUGCGCUGUCAGUGAGCACCGGAGGGAGGACUGCCUGGCUGGAACCCAGAUCAGUCUGGCUGAUUUACCAUUUUCCAAUGAGAUUUUCACGCUGUGGUAUAACUUGCUGCCAUCUGAGUCUAAGCAAACGCCGUGGAAAAAGAAUGAAGAUGAAAACGCAGACUCCGCCCUUCACGAGGACCAGCCGUUAGUGGUGGACGCCAUCGACCUGGACGCAGUGUCAGCCUUGCUGGCACGAACGUCGGCGGAGCUGUUGGCUGUGGAACAGGAGUUAGCACAAGAGGAAGAGGAGGAGGAAGAGGAGCAAAGGGGCCCUGAUGGAGACUGGUUAGCCAUGCUCCGGGAGGCCUCGGAGGAGCUGGCGGCCAAGGAGGAGGCGCCCAGGAGACCGGCAGACGGCGGAGGCAACACUGGGGCCCCCAGGUCCUGCGGCCGUUCCUGCGCCCGUGUGCCCCAGCUGAGGGCUGACGACAGCGGGAGGCGCGAGAGCAGCUAUGGCAGAGAGCUGGGUGGACAGACGCCCGCCGGCACCCCCGCCCUGGGCACCCCCACUCUGGUGGACAAGGAGACCAACACGGAGGAGGCGGGCAGCGCCGGCCUGGCCGUGCGCCCCAAAGACCGCGGCGGGCUGAGUGCUCGGCAGCGCCCCCUGGUGAGGAGCAGCGUGAUCGUGCGUUCGCAGACCUUUUCCCCUGGGGAGCGGAACCAGUACAUCUGCCGGUUAAAUCGGAGCGACAGUGACAGCUCAACCCUGGCGAAAAAGUCCCUGUUUGUGAGGAACUCCACGGAGCGGCGGAGCUUGAGAGUCAAAAGGGCCGUGUGCCAGCCAGUGCUGAGGAGAGCAGCGCAGGAGCGGCCGGCGCGCACGUCGCUGGACCUGGAGCUGGACCUGGCGGCCUCCCUCACCCGGCAGAGCCGCCUCAACGACGAGCUGCAGGCCCUGCGCGGCCUGAGGCAGAAGCUGGAGGAGCUGAAGGCGCAGGGCCAGACCGACCUGCCGCCCGGGGUGCUGGACGACGAGCGCUUCCAGAAGCUUCUGAAGCAGGCCGAGAAGCAGGCGGAGCAGGCACAGGAGGAGCAGCAGCACGGCCUGAGCGCCGAGAGGCUGAUGCGCCGCGUGUCCAAGGACGUGAGCUGCCUCCGGGAGCAGAGCCAGAACGUGCCCCGCGAGGUGCAGUCCUUCAGGGAGAAGAUGGCCUACUUCACCCGGGCCAAGAUCAGCAUCCCUGCCCUGCCUGCAGACGACGUGUGAGGCGCCCACGGGCCGGCCCCCGGGGCGGCGGGACCAAGCCUGGCCCCUCCGAAAAGAGCUUCAAUCUCACGUCCGGUGGAGACUCGUUCAUUUGUAAAAGUGACUCGAAUGUAAUCCCUACAUGCUUGGAAAAGAAAAGAAAUCAGAAAACCACAGUGGGUUCAUCCGGUUCCCCCCACCCCCCAAAAAUGGGGAAGUGGGUGGUUGGGCACACACCCUCACCACAGGCUGGGCCCGUUCCCACGGCGGGUGGGACAGGCAGCAGGACAGGACAUGCCCCACGGGCCGGCCACUUCCAUGCAUGGACCCAAGCCACGCGCGCAUUCGUCUGCGCCUGGCCAGGAACCUGGGUCUCCUGGGUUUCCAUUUUGUCCGUAUGUGGUGGUCGGGAGAGGCAGACCCCAAGCUCUGAUGGGCUGACAACACACCAAGAGCAAGGGGGCCGGGCGGCCCUCAGGGCAGCUUCCCCACAAACACCAAAAUAAACGCUCUGGAGCGCAGUGUCCCGGGAGAGUUUCCAGCUUGCCCUAGCAGAGAGUGGCCCGGAGUUGGGACGCAAAGUUGGGGGGGUGCCCUGGGUUCCCCGGCUCAGACAGGAUGGGAGCGGCCAAGGGCCAUCACCCACGAGAUUCAGGUAGAACCUUUCAGGGGGAGGAAAGACCAUCUGGGAUGAAUCGAAGUCGCCCAGAAGGUCUGAGGAGAAAGGCCACCCCCAGACAGACCUCUGGAGUCAGCCUGAGCCCCACCCCCACCCUGGCCCCCUUAGAGGGAGGAGCCUGGUUGCAGAGAACAGGCAAGGCCGUUUGUUGAGAGAAAUAACUCUGGAGGACCAGAUGCCAGCCAGGACGUGGCCCAAGCAACCUCCCUGUGGAACAGCCACCUGCCCGUUCCCACUCUGUGGAGACAACUUCGAGCCACCUGGACAAAGCCUUGCUUUGCUUUGCUUUAAAAAAAAGUUUUGGGGGGUGGUGGCACACCCAGCAGUGCUCAGUGGUUACUCCUGGCGCUGUGCUCCGGGAGGUGCUCGGGGACCGUGUGUGAUGCCGGGAAUUGAACGUGGGUGAGCAGCGUGCAAGGCAAGCGCCUUCCGGGCUGGCCUGUCUCUUCAGCCCCUGGAGACCAGCGUUUCCUUGCGUCAGUCGUUGUCAGAGUCCCAGGCUGUUGGACUCAAGGAGGCAGUGUGUGGUCAGGCAGCUCGAAGAGCAAGCUCAAGUUGCGUUGGAGGGGGAGGGAGGUCUUGUUUGGUUCUAACGCAAAAACCACCUUCAAGGAGUGCACCCUUUCAAAAGAAAAAGGGAAGGAAACAACCAGCGCCAAAUACUUCUCUUCCUAAGAUAGAGUUCUUAUUACUGGUGCAUUUAAAAAAAAAAUUUUUUUUUCUUCAAAGCAACGAUGCCUAUUUGGAAAGGUUCCUUUGAUCAGAACCAAGAUCCAGACGAAGCAGUUUCUAAGCCUAGAACAUUCGCUAUUGCUCCUAAGUGUCCCCGCCACCGAUGUGCAAAUGGAUUUGCAGCUCUCACCGGAUGUGAGACCACUUUCAGCAGAACCAGCCUGGCGAGCGGGCUGUCGCUUCUGAUCCCUGACUCGGGAAAGCGAGAGUCCCAUCCAUUCAUCCUUGUCAAGGUCAAAUGUGAAAGACAGAAGCUUAUUUAAUGUAGAGGUGAAGGAAGGCCAGCUGUUUGCGGCUUCUUAAUCUCGACCAUAAAAAUGUUUAUACAAUUAUGUGUAGCUGUACCGUACGAUUUUAUUUUCUUCAUUUAUUUAUUUACGGUCUUAUUUAUGUUCUGUUUAAUAUAUAGUUUGGUUCUGGCCAUUGUAAGUGUUUGACAUAGAAGAGGCUCUCUAUUGACAGCUUUAUAAAACUUCAUCAGAUUCGCUCUUACCUUUCGUCAUACAAAAAGUUUCAGGUGUGACAGCUUAAACUCUAUCUCGGGCAGGCAGUUAACCGUUCUGACCACGAUGCUUUUGGGUCUAUUCUACACGAUGUGCUCAUUUCUAACACGAGAGACCAAUGUAUUUUAAUAUAAUCCUUUUCCACACUUUAGAAAUCAACAAUAGUGUUUGUGUAUUUAUAGGCAGCUUUUAACAGUCCUAUCAUUUUUGUACUAGCCCCAGUGAUUCACAAGGACAAACCUUUUUAAUAACUUGAUCACAAAACCAUACGGGCAAAUAUGAAUUUUAAUAUUAUAAAUACUAUUUUUAAAAAGGUAGAAUUUAUUCCGCACAGGGUAAAAAGAAUGUAAUAUUUAGUUCUCAAGUUUGAAUUACCAGUAUGUUAUUACAAUUUUGUAUAUCAGAAAUCAAGUGUUACAGGUACAAAAAGAAAAUUGCUAGCCAAAAUGAACAAAGCUUAGCUGACUCUAUAGCAUGCAAAUCAAAUAAAUUUAAUAUCUUGGGGGUUUUUUUUUCCUAUCACUUUAUCUGUAUUGUAUUAAAUAUCAAAAGCUCAGGACUGAACUAAAUAUUUAAUCAGGUUUAAAUGCCGAAUGUUUCUGUUUUAAUUUGUCUUGUUUGUAAAAGUAUGCAAAUACACCACAUAGAUUAACUUCA